AAAAUGUAAUGCAAUGAACACACAUGUUACACUCGCAUACAGACAGGAUAUUUAAUUUUUAUUUUAUAUAUGAUUAUACAUAAGAUUAAAUAAACAUAGGUUACAAAUUUUUUCAUGAACAUGUUAAAAACAUUUUUAUGUUACACAUCAUUAUUGUCUGUAGUUUUAGCUGAGUCGUUAAUUUUAUGCCGUCGACUUUGUUACUGUCUUCGAAGAAUAUGCGCAUGUUUUUAAUCAUGCAGGUUUAAAAUACUGCUUCAAGAAGUGAUAAUAACGUGGAUGUUAUUUUUAAAAUGAGCAUAGAGUCGAUUGAAUAUCAUCCGAGUAUAUGAAUCGUAGCGGACUUAUCGCCGUUGCAAUAAAAAUGAAUCAAGCAUAAUAUAACGCUCAUUGCUUACUCCGUUCAGUGUCAGUCGAAUGCGCAUGAAGUGUUCUCGUAAGUGUCUUAAAUUAAAAUUACUUAUACGAUGUAGAUAUUUGCAAAGGGAAAAUUCUCUUACGAAAUUUAAAUGAUAUAUUUAUUAAUAAUUUUAUAGGAUAUUUUAUAUAUUGUGUGUGUGGGUGUCAAUAUAUAAUGCAUGUAUAGGAGAUAUUAUAUAUAUGUAAAGGAGCCAUCACUAAUUGUCACUAUGUCAUUUGUGAUGUCUUUAGUAAGAACAUGUUCUCAGAAAAUAAACAAGCAGCUAUUUGCAUGCAAAGCUCCAGUCGUUAAACAACUGGUGCGAAAUUUAGAAGUGCACGAGCACGUUGCGUAUACUUUAUUGAAAAAAGCUGGCAUUCCCAUUCCGUCUUUCGGGGUGGCAAAAUCGCCCAACGAAGUCUCCAGUCUGGUCAAGAAUUUGGGAACCAAGGAUAUCGUGGUGAAGGCGCAAGUUCUAGCUGGCGGUAGAGGAAAAGGACAUUUUAAGGAUAGCGAUGUCAGCGGCGUUGUUAUGUGCGAGCCCGAGCAAGCGGAGGAACUGGCUGCUCAUAUGAUCGGGAAAUCGCUCAUAACUAAACAGACGAGUGCAGCUGGAAAAAUAUGUAACUCCGUGAUGGUAACGGCGCGCAUGUUUCCACGUAAAGAGUAUUACAUAGCAGUGAUGUUGGAACGUGCUUUCGAUGGUCCCGUGAUAAUUGUUUCUAAACAAGGCGGUGUGAACAUCGAGGAAAUCGCUGCCCAAAAUCCCGAAGCCGUGACUUAUGUACCUGUCGACAUAAACAAAGGCUUGACAUCCGAGCAAGCGAGUAGUAUUGCCAACAACCUGGAUCUUACAGGAAAUAGCAAGGAAAUCGCGUCGAUUGUCAUUUAUAAUCUCUACGAAUUAUUCGUCGAAAAAGAUGCUUUGCUCCUCGAGAUUAAUCCGUUCGCGGAGGACAUUUGCGGCGAAUAUUACGCUCUAGAUUGCAAAUGUAAGUUCGACGACAGUGCCGAGUAUCGGCAGAAGGAAUUGUUUGCGUUAAAGGAUGUAACGCAGAUGGAUCCAAAGGAAGUCGAGGCUGAAAAAUAUGAUUUAAAUUAUAUAGCUUUGGAGGGAAAUAUCGGUUGUAUGGUAAAUGGAGCUGGCUUAGCUAUGGCGACUAUGGAUAUUAUAAAGCUCUAUGGCGGUGCACCAGCAAAUUUCUUGGAUGUUGGUGGCACGGCUACAAUAGAGACUGUGCGAGAAGGUUUUAAAAUAUUGUCAUCGGAUCCCAAUGUGGAUGCUAUUUUAGUGAAUAUCUUUGGUGGUAUAAUGAGAUGCGAUAUAAUCGCUCAAGGAAUCAUCGAUGCUUUCAAACAAUUAAACUUGCAAUUACCUGUAAUUGUCCGAUUACAGGGCACUAAUGUGAAUAAAGCUAAACAAUUAAUACUAGAUGCUAAACUAAAAGUGAUUUCCGUGGAUGAUUUUGCUGAAGCAGCCGAAAUAUCUGUCAAGCUGGCAUCGAUAAUGAAUCUUGCGAAGUCUUUGGACUUAGAUAUUGCUUUCAGUGCUAAAUCACCAGAGAAGAAGAAAGAUAAGGGAAAAAUGGCUACCAUGUUGUCGCGGGUGAUCACACUCGCGGAGAGUCUCGGCCGAUUGAACGGUCCUAAGAUAUUGGCAUGUAAAACCAACUUGGUGAAACAACCAACCAGAAAUUUAAAUGUACACGAACAUAUCAGCUACAGUUUACUCAAUGAAGCUGGGGUGCCCACUCCUAAAUUCGGCGUCGCCAAAACUCCCGAUGAAGCGGCUAAAUUUGCUGCCGACUUGAAAACGAAAGAUAUUGUUUUGAAGGCCCAGGUUCUCGCUGGCGGCAGAGGAAAAGGACACUUUAAAGGGACGAGCGUCAGUGGAGUGAAGAUGUGUGAAACUCCAGAAGAAGCUAAAGCGUUAGCGAGUCAGAUGCUGGGUAAGCUGCUAAUUACGAAACAGACAGGUGAAGCUGGUAGGAUAUGCAAUGCUGUGAUGGUUACGCAACGUAUGUUUCCUCGUAAAGAAUACUACCUUGCUGUCAUGAUGGAAAGAGCCUUUGGUGGUCCCGUCAUAAUAGCUUCCAGCCAAGGUGGAGUGAAUAUCGAGGAAGUUGCUGCUACGAAUCCUACCGCUAUCAUGUAUGAACCAAUCGACAUCAAUAAAGGAAUUACGAAAGAACAGGCCGAACGUAUCGUUGACAAGCUCGGCCUUAAUAAUGUAAAGGAUUACAUUUCCAAUAUAAUAAUAAGUCUUUAUCAAAUGUUUCUUAAAAAGGAUGCUCUUCUGCUGGAAGUGAAUCCUCUCGCCGAAGACAUUAAUGGAAAUUAUUUUGCUCUGGACUGCAAGUGCCGGUUCGACGACAAUGCCGAAUUCAGGCAGAAGGAACUAUUUGGUCUGCGAGAUUGGACUCAAGAAGACUCUAAAGAAGUCGAAGCUGCAAAGUUUGAUUUGAACUACAUCGCAUUGGACGGUAAUAUAGGUUGCAUGGUGAAUGGAGCUGGCUUGGCUAUGGCUACGAUGGAUAUUAUAAAGUUGCAUGGUGGUGAGCCAGCCAAUUUCCUCGACGUUGGUGGCGGUGCAUCGGCUUCUGCAGUGAAAGAAGCAUUUAAGAUCAUUACAUCUGACCCAAGAGUUCACGCUCUGUUAGUUAAUAUUUUUGGUGGCAUCAUGAGAUGCGAUGUCAUAGCAGAGGGUAUUAUCGCCGCGACCAAGGAACUCAGUUUGAAAAUACCCGUCGUCGUCAGAUUGCAGGGCACUAAUGUGGAUGAAGCUAAAGCUCUGAUCGCGAAUGCAGGUUUAAAAAUCGUGCCAAUUGAUGAUCUUGACGAAGCCGCCCGAGUCGCAGUGAAAUUAUCCACUAUCGUCAAAUUAGCACAAUCCGAAAAUCUCAGUGUAAAUUUCGAGAUACCUGCAAUUUCAUAGGUAGCGAAAAAAUUGUAUUUAAUAUGUUAUUAAGUAUAUAUUGAUCGUAUUAAAUCGUUAAAAGAUUUCGACAACGUCUGAAAGUAAUAACUGCAGUAAUAAUUUCAUAUGCGUAAUAACAUAUUCUCGUUAAGGCGUUCCAAAUAACACUUCAAGUACAGUCUUUUGAAUCUUUGUCGUAGAGAAAAAGAGAAAAAGAGAGAAUGAAUAAAAUGGGAUACCGUUUAUUUUACAAACGCGUUAUACUGCAAAUUAAUAUUUGAAAAAAAAGAGCGAGCUGAGUAUUAUUAACGUGUACACUAACUUUUUUUCAAUACAGAUGUAAACAUCGAUAACGUACAGAACUGUGUGAAGUUACAAAGGUUCACAUGAUUCAUCUUGGUUUGCUUUGUAAAGAAUUUUGCGAUCCAGUAUUAAAAGAUUAGCCUUUCUGGUACAAAGACAGGCUUUAUCAUUAUUACAAUCGAUAUUUUAAUGCUAUUGUUUUCAUUAUAGCGACAGAUCAGUAUGAAUCACAUUUUAUGCGAAUCAUUCAAGCUACAGUUCUUUUGUACCGAACGUUAUGUAAUAUAAUAUCUAAGCCAGCUUAUGUGCAGACGUGUAUCCUACAUGUGUAGGUGUUUAAAAAUGACAAACAGUACGUGAUUAUUGUUCAAGACAGAACCUUUCACAUUUGCAUAGUUAUGAAAUGUUGAAAGUAAAAGGCUUGUUUAGUCGAACAUAUAUAAACAUGUAAGUUAUUUUGCGAAAUUUCAAUUUGUCUCCGCUCCUUUAAUGAAUAAUGAAGUCCAUGUAUUAUAUCUUUUGGUAAAGUUAAUAUUAGAAAGAAUGUUAUACAAUUAUGCAAAUAAUUGUGGAACAAAUUGUAUAUUCCCGUACAUUAUUAUAAUUCUGUAAAUCUCCCAAUAAAUCUUAUUAAAUUGUACAGUCAAA